AUGCUGCUGGUUGCAACAUCAGAUAAUGGUGUAUAUAAUCUAAGUUGUCGAUCUUGUCCCUAUGAAUUUCCAAUAGAAAGUAUCGAGAUAUAUGACAGGAAGAAGCUACCAAGAAAAGAAGUCGAUGAUGUGUUAGGUGGUGGUUGGGAUAAUGUUGACCAGACAAAAGUACAAUGUCCGAAUUACGAUACGUGUGGUGGUGAAAGUGCAUAUUUCUUCCAGUUACAAAUUAGAUCGGCGGAUGAGCCAAUGACAACAUUCUAUAAGUGUGUCAACUGUGCUCAUAGAUGGAAGGAAAACUAA